UCAAGCCUCUGUCUUUCCCAUGGGGUUGAGCCGGGGGGCCUCUGGCAAGUUGCUUGGCCAAGCAUCUUCCGCACUGACAAUAGGACCAGCCAGCCUGGCUCACUUCCCGCCUACCCUGCCUGAGGCCUCGGGGCGAGACCUGCGUGGCCCUGGGUGCUUUGCUCCCUUGCCUUCAUCCAGUCUCCUGACCUUUGCCCUCUAUUCUUUGCCUUCACCCCCCCACCGCCCCCUCCCAGGGCACCUCUGCCGGACCCGGCCCACGGAUCUGGUGCUUGUUGUCGACAGCUCACGCAGCGUGCGGCCUGUGGAGUUUGAGAAGGUGAAGGUGUUCCUGUCCCAGGUCAUCGAGUCGCUGGAUGUGGGGCCCAAUGCCACCCGCGUGGGCGUGGUCAACUACGCCAGCUCCGUGAAGCAGGAGUUCCCUCUGCGGGCCCACAGCUCCAAGGCCGCGCUGCUGCAGGCCGUACGCCACAUCCAGCCGCUGUCCACUGGCACCAUGACGGGUCUGGCCAUCCAGUUCGCCAUCACCAAGGCCUUAAGCGAAGCUGAAGGCGGUCGCCCCAGGUCCCCUGACAUCAGCAAGGUGGUCAUCGUCGUGACGGACGGGAGGCCCCAGGACAGCGUGCGGGACGUGUCUGCGCGGGCCCGGGCCAGCGGCAUCGAGCUGUUCGCCAUCGGCGUGGGCCGCGUGGACAAGGCCACGCUGCAGCAGAUCGCCAGCGAGCCUCAGGACGAGCACAUCGACUACGUGGAGAGCUACAGCGUCAUCGAGAAGCUGUCCAAGAAGUUCCAGGAGGCCUUCUGCUUGGUGUCAGACCUGUGUGCCACGGGGGACCACGACUGCGAGCAGGUGUGUCUCAGCUCCCCAGGCUCCUACACCUGCGCCUGCCGCGAGGGCUUCACCCUGAACAGUGAUGGCAAGACCUGCAAUGUCUGCAGCGGUGGCAGUGGCGGUGGCAGUUCCGCUACGGACCUGGUCUUCCUCAUUGAUGGAUCCAAGAGUGUGCGGCCGGAGAACUUUGAGCUGGUGAAGAAGUUCAUCAACCAGAUCGUGGACACGCUGGACGUGUCGGACAAGCUGGCCCAGGUGGGGCUGGUGCAGUACUCGAGCUCCGUGCGCCAGGAGUUCCCGCUGGGCCGCUUCCACACCAAGAAGGACAUCAAGGCAGCGGUGCGGAACAUGUCCUACAUGGAGAAGGGCACCAUGACUGGGGCUGCCCUCAAGUACCUCAUCGACAAUUCCUUCACCGUGUCCAGCGGGGCCAGGCCUGGUGCCCAGAAGGUGGGCAUCGUCUUCACUGACGGCCGGAGCCAGGACUACAUUAAUGAUGCUGCCAAGAAAGCCAAGGAUCUCGGCUUUAAGAUGUUUGCCGUGGGUGUGGGCAAUGCCGUGGAGGACGAGCUGAGGGAAAUCGCCUCGGAACCCGUGGCCGAGCACUAUUUCUAUACAGCUGACUUCAAGACCAUCAACCAGAUUGGCAAGAAGUUGCAGAAGAAGAUCUGUGUGGAGGAAGACCCGUGUGCCUGCGAGUCCCUCGUGAAAUUCCAGACCAAAGUGGAGGGGCUGCUGCAGGCCCUGACCAGGAAGCAUAUCCUUUCCCAGAGGACGCUGCGGGCUGUGAGUAAGCGGCUGGCCAUCCUGGAGAACAGAAUUGUCUAA